ACUUAUAUCUUCAUUCGUGUAUAUGGAAUAAUGAAACCGACGAAAGGCACUAAAUAGUCGAAUAAUAAAAGAAGUUCGAUUUAUUUUAUUGUAAAAUAUAAGCAUUUCAUUCUUCGGAGUAUUGUGUUUGUUUCAAUAAAUAUUUUUAUUGUAAUAAUGAUCACUGAUAUCAAGUUCUAUUGUCUAGAAUUAGAAAUAUAACCUAUUACAUCAGUGAUGGAGGAAGAUGGUGGUAAAAGAAUGAGAGGCAGAACUCGUGGCAGAGCGCGUGGCAGAACACGAGGAAGAGCUAGAGGCAGAUCUAAGAAACAAGUAAAGGUCAUUGAAAGUGAUGAAGAAGAUACUCCUCAACAAGCAGAAGAAACUACAACAGAAGUUGUUGGAACAGAAUUAGAAGAACAUGAAGCUCCACCAACACAACAGAUUCCUUUGGAACAACAGUUCGACUUAGAAGCUGAUAUAUCACAAUUGGAAGCACCAACUUUCACAACCAUCAACAGAGGACCUCCUGAACCAAUGUUACGUUUAAGAUGGGAUCAUAGAGUAAAUCUUAUUGGAGAAAAAGUAUUAAAUCCUAUGAUACAUUGCUGUGACAAGUGUUUGAAACCAAUUCUUAUCUAUGGACGCAUGAUACCUUGCAAACAUGUAUUUUGCUUAUCUUGUGCCAAAAGAGAAGACAAAGUUUGUCCUCGUUGUAUGGAAAAAGUUUCUAGAGUAGAACAAACUGGCUUGGGUACUGUGUUUAUGUGUACACAUGGAGGAACUAGAUAUGGGAAUGCAGGAUGUAGAAGAACAUAUCUUAGUCAAAGAGAUUUGCAGGCUCAUAUAAAUCAUCGACAUAUAUCAGCUCCACCACAACAAGUUCAAGGAAUGCAAGUUGAUCCUCCUCAAUACGUGCAUUCUAAAUCAGAGAUAGAGUCUCAGUUAACAAAAGUUUCAUCAGUUGCUAUGCAGAAUACUCGCAUAAAAUCAGUGCAAUCACAUAUGGUUCAACCAAUAAUGGGAAAUGAUCCUAGAGUAAAUUCAAUGGUCAAUCAAACUCCAGUGGAACAUAGACAACAACAUAGACCGCAGGCAUUAAUAUCAAUGCAAAAUUAUUCUCAAAAUUCUGCACCUCCGCCGCCAAAUAAUGCUACAUUAAGAACAAAUCUUAUAACUGUGCCCAUUCAGGAUACAGCUAUAACAACACAUGACAUACACACGCAACAAAGUCAUCAUUAUUAUCCUCCUCCACCUCCACAAGUUAAUUAUGGAGGAUAUAACGUACCACCUCCUGUUUCUCAAACACAACAAUACUAUCCACAACCACAACAUCCUGCUCAAGUAUCUUAUGUGCCACCACCACCACCACCACAACAGCAGCAGUAUGUAUCUUCUACACCAACUUCAAUAAGGCCAUCUCCAACAGGUUAUAUACAAGAUCCAUCAUAUGGUCCACCACCUCCACAACAACAAGCUCCACCACCACAAACACAAUGGUCACAACAUCAACAACAAUUUUAUAGGUAAAAAAAAUAUAUGUCUUUAUUGUACAGAGCAGUAUGAUAUAAAUUGUGAUAAAGUUAUUGUGGAAGCGAUAGAUGACGAUUAAAAAAUGGUUGUAAAUAUGA